GGGUAAAUUUUAAUACCGAAAGUGUCCCACGGUAUGCCCGCCGUGGAAAUGGCUGCUACCGCUACAGAAGAAACAUCCACACUGAGCGUUGUGAACGAUGCUCCGGUGGAGGAGACCACGGAGGGCGACGGCCAGGAAAAAGAGAAAGGCCUUACCGAACCGGAAACAGAGGAACCGGGCAGCAGCGUAGAACCGAAAACGGUGGAGACGGAGGCGGAGGCCGGCGAAGAGAAGCCCGCUGCACCGGCAGAGAAGGCCGCGAGUGAGGCGCUGACAGACGAUGCUGCAGCGGGCAACCGGGAGGAGACAACCGCUCCCGAAGAAGCAGAGCAAAAGCAAGAGGUGAAAGAGGUGCAAGAGGCACAGGAAAGCCCGGGGGACGGUAAUGUCAACAACGAACCUGCCGGCAGUAACGCAAUGAAAGAAGCUACCGUUAAAGAGGGGCCGGCAGAGGAAAGUCGCUGCUCGGGGAUGGACUGCGAGAAGAGCAAACCCGGUUGUGAAGACGGUGAGAAACCCAGCAGCGGAGCCGGGGAGCUGGGAGACAAGAGGCGACCGAGUGUGGAGAUUUCAUCCUCAGACGGUGAACCGCUGAGCCGGAUGGACUCCGAGGACAGUAUCAGCAGCACUCUAAUGGAGAUGGAGAGCACGGUGUCCAGUGGCCGCUCCACCCCUGCUAUGAUGAAUGGACAAAGCAGUGCCAGCUCCUCUGGGACCAAGACAGUGGCUUACCCUUGCUGCUGGGACCUCUGUCCACAGUGCUUUAACUCCAGCCCUGAUCUGGCUGAGCAUAUCAGGGGCAUUCAUGUGGACGGACAGAGAGGAGGGGUGUUUGUGUGUCUAUGGAAGGGUUGUAAGGUGUAUAACACACCGUCCACCAGUCAGAGUUGGCUCCAGAGACACAUGUUGACCCACAGUGGAGAUAAGCCCUUCAAGUGUGUAGUUGGUGGCUGCAACGCCAGCUUUGCUUCACAAGGAGGGCUGGCUCGCCAUGUACCGAGCCACUUCAGCCAGCAGAGCUCUUCCAAAAUGUCCAGCCAGGCCAAACUCAAGGAGGAGUCGCCCUCCAAGGCUGGUCUCAACAAAAGGAAGAAACUCAAAAACAAACGCAGGUGCUCCCUACCGAGACCCCAUGACUUCUUCGAUGCCCAGACCAUGGAUGCUAUCCGCCACAGAGCCAUCUGCCUCAACCUCGCCACCCACAUCGAAAGUGUGGGCAAUGGCCACAGUGUGGUCUUUAACAGCACGGUGCUAGCCAAAAGGAAAGAGGGCUCUGGCAAGGUGAAAGUCCUCCUACAUUGGACACCUGAGGACAUACUACCUGACGUGUGGGUGAAUGAAACAGAGCGAUCUGGGCUGAAGACUAAAGUGGUGCACUUAUCCCAGUUACCGCAGGACACAGCCAUGUUGCUAGACCCAAACAUCUAUAGAGCACUUCCUCAGAAGCGGCUGAAGCGAAGCCUGUAAGGAGUCAUCUGUGGACUUGAUACUUAAGGGGAAAUCCUUGUUCAUAGGAGGUUUAUCUAUAUGGGAUGGGACGCUCUUCAUCUGUCUCUGCUGAACGGGGGGAGUGAAGUGGCGAUAAAAGGAAGUAAAACUUGGUUAUGCUCCAGUUUUUUUUUUCUUCUUAUUUUCCAUUUUGUAUAUCUGAAACCACUGUUGCAGCCAAGUGUGGUGUGAAAUGGGACUAACAAUUUGAAAAGUUUGUGUUCAUCAAAAACUUCAAUGAAUGUUUUUUUUAACAAGCACCAAACUGAAAAUAUUCUUAAUACCCAAUGGUGUAAAAAAAUGUUUUGUGUAUCCUUGUCAGAAAAUACAGCAAAUUUUUAUAACUGUUUUGUGUAAAAUAUUUAUGCAGAUUUGUAACUUAUUUUUAUACCAUGAAAAAACUGGUGUACUGUGGAUUUUUGUGAAGGUUUUGAAUAGAACCGUAUUUACUGUGAUAAUCUGUGUUAACUGUCACUUGUAGGGAUAUCUGGACAUUUCAAGUUGUAAUUACAUUAUAUACGACCGAAGUCUUAACAGAUAAUACUAUUUAUACUUACUGAAUGCAGUGCUGUUUACUGUGUCUGUAACGAUGAAGUGUGAGGUUGUGCCAGUCAUGUCAGACAUGUAUACAAUACAAUGCAUACUGUUACAGGAGCAAUAACUCAGUACCGCGUAGCUCUUCAUCUUAACAAGUCUGAAGAUGGUACAACAUAAAAAUGACUCUUACAUUUCCGCACACACACUUAAAAAGUGUUAUCAUACCAACUUAACCUCCACCUCCUCCACCCCUGGUAACAUGAACUGUGUAUAUCAUGGUUGUUAUGAUACAUUUACAAUACAGCUAUUUAAGCACUUAUUGUUAAGAUAGUUGUGUUUUCUACUGUAUGUCGUCCUGUUGGAAAUGGA